CAUCGCUUCAUAUAUCUCAGAGCCCAAGAGUCCGGCCUCCUGCAAUCAUCAGUCAAAACAAGUCGUGAUAGAAAAGUUCAGUCUCGGCCGAGGGUGCAAGGGUACAAACACCUGUUGGACAUACACCGGACCAGCCAUGGAACCCUCCAUGGAUAUGACCGUGGAUUCUAAUGUGUCCCCGACGGAGAUGGAGGAAACGCUACAGCAGCUGUUCGACGUCGUGAACAGGCUCGAGGAGGGGCCUGGGAACGUCCCCCUUUUGAAGAAGAAUGUAGCCCUGGCAAAGAAGGUUCAGAUGACGCAAGAAGCUGCUGGGGGCCUUGAGAUCUUGGCCAACACCGUUGGAUGCCCGAUAUCUAUCUGGUUGGAGAUUCUGACCAAUAUAGAACAAGAGGUAGCGAACAUCUCGGCAGGGCGGGCGUUGGAGAUCGCAUCGCUGUUCCGCAACGCUCUUUCGGAUUAUGCAUCGACCGAAGUUGCUGCCCGUAUUGGCGCGAUACUGUCCACUCUACAUGCUGUCGUACUGUCAGAGCAACAGGUAGACCACCCUAUGGACGGUAAUGGUGUCUCGACCACCGCUCUGUUGGAUGAAGAAACAGCAAGAGAGCUAUGGAAGGCUAUUAUUUCCGUUUCUGAACGUGUCAUGUCCGAGGACUUCGGCCUUUGGGAAGCUUAUAUCGGCUGGGAGGAAGCAACCGCGCUUGCCAAGACAGGAGAGGACAGGGAUACUGCUCUCAAGGCACUCAAAGGCAGAUAUAUCGCUCAUCUAGCUGUACCUCACAGUCGUCUAACGGAGACAGCCGAGCGAUACUCCACUUUCAACACCACCCACUUCCUGGAAGAGUACGAGCCAAACAUGAUCAAAGCCUCAAACAUGUCUGCAAAAUCUCUGGCUAAAUAUCAAGCACGAGAGACCUGGGAAGACGGCUGGCAGACCUUGGCGAAAGAAGUCGCCGAGUCGACAAUGGUCGAGCCGACGUCCUUGUUGGAUCGUCGUUUGGCGUAUCUCUCGGCAUGGCUCGAAAUGGAGCUGAGCCUGCCGGAGCAAGGAACGAAGAACAAGGGAAAAGGCAAGGGGCGAGAAACGGAUUCGCCUAAACUGGAGCCUUUCUACGUGAUCAUGGUUUUCGAGCGAAUGCUCAGCGUUGCGAGCUUUAGGACCGAGAGAACGAGUAAAGUCAACGAGUCUCUAAUCUGGCUGAAAUAUUACCGCUUCAUGUACGCCACCAACGGGAUCGCCAAGGCGGAGGCGGCCAGGAUCCUGACAAGGGCCGCUCGAUGCUGUCCUGAGAGCGGGGAGAUUUGGGCUACCCUUCUUCGCCAUCAGGAAGCCAUAUCCAAGGAUAUCACAGAGAUGAAUAGCACAUAUCAACGGGCCCAUUCACUGGGCUUGCUAACACAGGGCGUUCACGGCCCCUUGAGUGUGGGAGAGGUCCAUCCUGUAGAAGAACUAGUCACGCUCGAAUUGGCUUGGUGUGGCUUGACCCGCAGGAUGGCGGAGGCAAUGGCAUUCUCCGAUGCAGACGAGCGCGCCAACCAAUUCGAUCUCGUCGAAGUCACAAUACGGGAAAGCAUGCAGAAAGUACGAUCAACGUACACCAAGAGCGAUUCUGGCUCGAGGCUGGAAUUAUACCUUAUCAGCUGGUUGGAGAAACGAGGGCAGAUAGCGGAGGCCGUGCAAAUCUGGGAGCACGUGUGUAAAGUCCGGCCGAAAGACUAUCAAGCUUGGACUGGUCAGGUUGAAUUUCUGAUUCGGCACGAGCAUAUUCCCCAGGCUAGAACGGCCUUGAAAAUCGCCGCCAAUCGCCAAGGCAUGGACUGGCCUCAGGCCAUAUGGAGCCGCUGGAUAUCGUUCGAGGAGACUCAUGGUUCGAUAGAGCAGGUGGUCGCUGCUCACUCCAAGGUCGCCUCGCUAUCAGACGCCCUUGCACGUCAAAUGGCGGAACAAUCUGCGGCACAUAACCCAGAGCCCAUCAAACCGCAACCAGACCAAUCGACAAUUCUUGAAACUGAGGAUGCUCGCACUGCUCCAGCAACAAAGCGCAAGGCCGAGGUUGCCAGUCUCGAUGACACAACCAACGAAUCCACAAAAAGAGUCAAGCAAGAUCAGACCGACAUUGAAAAAGUGGAAUCUGCACCCGCACGGGAUCGCGAAUUUGCCACGGUCUUGAUAUCUGAUCUACCGGAAGAUGUUACCGAAGAUAUGAUUCGACAACGCUUCAACGACUGCGGAGAGGUUAGAGAAGUCGUCGUCACCACGAAAGGAACAUCUACGACUGCGUCGGUGGAAUUCAUUGAUAGGGAAAGUGUUCCGGCAGCUCUGACCAAAGACAAGAAGAAGAUCGGAGACGCUCAAGUUCAUGUGUACCAAGCUGGGCAGACGACCUUGUUCGUGACGAACUUUCCCGAACAGAUGGACGACGAUGCUAUACGGCAGCUGUUUUCGAAGUAUGGCGAGAUGCUUGACCCCCGUUGGCCGAGUAGAAAAUACAAGGAUUCUCGUCGAUUUUGCUAUGUUCAGUUUCUUACUACUGCAUCCGCCCAUGCGGCUUGCGAAUUGAAUGGCCAGGAGCUGGAGCCGGGACUCGCAUUGUCCGUCCUCAUUUCCGAUCCGGAAAAGAAGAAGCAGAGGAGCGACGCGAACUCGGACCAGCGCGAGGUAUAUAUCACAGGGCUAUCCAGAUUCGUUGCUGAAAAGGACCUUAGACGACUCUUUGGGGAUUUCGGCGAAAUCAAACGCGUGAAUCUCGCGACAGACGACGAAGGACAUUGCAAAGGCUUUGCCUUCCUGGAGUAUACCGACGAGGCUGCCGUUGAAUCGGCGUUGUCACUGGACGGCACUCAACUGAAGAAGCGCGUCAUGAAGGUCAAGCGGAUCGACCCUUCAGCAAAGUCCAGCAAGCAGGCUGGCGAAAAGCAACCCGUCAAGCAGCAGCGAGAAACUGACGAAGUGUCGCGCAGCAUCAAACUGACAGGUUUGGCUUCGCGGACUCAGGAAGGGCUCUUGCAACAGGCUUUGGAGAAGGUUGCCAAAGUGAAAAGGGUCGAAGUCUUUGCUGAUUCGGCCGAGGCUGUUGUAGAAUUCGCCUCCGCCGCCGACGUUGGCACUUUUCUCCUACGCGGCACCGAAUUCGAUUUUGCAGGCAACAGCUUGGCCGUUGCACCCUUGGGUAGAUCUUCAGAAGUGCCCAAGGCUGCGAGCAGACCGGUUCCCGCCUCUGACAAUUCUACAUCGGCAAGUAGACAGGCCAUGCCGCUGAAACCGCGACCGCCAAAGGCGGGCAACCGAAAGAGAGUCUUGGCUAUCCCUCAGGCCAAGCCAGCCUCGACCGGGUCACCGUCAACAUCUAUUCAACCUGAGCAGGUCGGUCAUAACGCACGAGAUGGAAUGAAGGGACAGGAUCAUUUCAGAGACCUGCUUGCGGGAAAGCCUGUAUAAUGUAUUUUCCGCGCUUCACGGCCAACUAAAUGCGAUCGAUCACAAGGAAACGACUAUCAUUUGAGAUA